AUGGAUCCUGAUCCACCACCAGUAAUGCUUGAUCCUGUACCACCAGUGUUUAUGCCAGAUCCUGUACCACCAGUGAUUGUGCCAGAUCCUACACCACCGGUGUUUGUGCCAGAUCCUGUACCACCAAUGAUUGUGCCAGAUCCUGUGCCACCAGUGUUUGUACCAGAUCCUGCACCACCUGGGUUUGUGCCAGAUCCUGUACCAUCGGUGAUUGUACCAGAUCCUGCACCACCUGGGUUUGUGCCAGAUCCUGUACCAUCGGUGAUUGUGCCAGAUUCUGCACCACCUGGGUUUGUUCCAGAACCACUGUUGCCAGUGCCAGAACCAGUUCCACUGGUGCCUGAGCCACUACCUGUAAUAAUAAUGUUAACAACAACAAUUAUAAUAAUAAUAACCUGUGCCAACCAAUAA